AUGCCGUUUGCCACCCAGUACACACCAAGGCAGUUACUAGGCAAGGUGUGCGAUGCAGAAUACGAAGGUGCGAUACAAUAUGUUGAAUACGAAGGUGUGCGAUGCAGAAUUACGAAGGUGCGCGAUGCAGAAUACGAAGGUUGUGCGAAGAUUGCAUUACUCAUCAGAAGGAAGCACAUUCUGACAUACCAGCUUUCACUGGGGCUGAAUAGGGAGCGCUCUAAGUAUGCUAAAUAUGGUCUGAUAAUGAAAAGGGACACACCUAGGAACUGGUUGGGCGAUGGAUGGAUGCUCCUGGAUGAUGCACGAUGGAGUGCACUUAAGCGCGAGAAACGCGCUAAGCGCGCACGCGGGAACGCGAAAUGCGAAAGCGUGAGAAAGUGUUGCGCCUAUGGCGCAUUUUGCAGGAGAGCUGUGCAUUACAUAGCAGAAGUUGCGUAUGGAGUAGGGCAACAAGUGCGAGAGAAACGCGCUAAGCGCGUGCGGGAAUGCUGCGCGUUGUGUGGGGAAGUAGCGCGCCUAUGGCGCGUUUCGCGGGAAAGUGGUGUGCUCUUUAGGGAAGUCAUAGUGGAUGAUGGUGCAAGUUGUGCCAUGAAGGCCAGUUGUCGGAAUUUGUAA